CGCUGGAUUCACGCAUUGCCAUUGACGAGUCGGCGCGUCCGACAUUACCCUCAUUCUCAUGCAGGUCGUCAACAUGAUCCUCCGAAGGCCCCUUCUCCGCGCAACCACCGCAACAGUAUCAGCACCUCAUGUGUGCAUCCGAAACCUCCAUGCCUCGAUUCCUAUCCGUCCGAUUCCCAAACCCACGCCUUUUAUUCCCGACCACGCCUCCUUCCUCACCGCCAUUGGCCGAGGCCUCGCUGCGCACGCCGCUAAGAUACCCUCAUGGGACGCGCUGUUCACGCUCAAUUCCAACCAACUGAAGGAGCUUGGCAUUGAGCCCGCUCGGUCGAGAAGAUAUCUGCUGCACUGGCGCGAGAAGUUCCGGAACGGAGAAUACGGCAUUGGAGGCGACUGCCAGCAUGUCACAGAUGGAGUCGCCGAACUACGGCUCGUAGAAGCGCCUGUUGGACCUCAUCCUGUGCCGGGCAUGAGCGCACGCUCUGCCAUUUCGACCGCGACGCACGAUCCGGGAACGAGGAAAGUGGUGGUCAAUGUGCCUGCAGGUGCUGAGGCACCCGCUGAGGCUCUUGAGAUGCUAAAGGGCGUGCAGGGAGUUGUGGUUAAGGGCGCCCAGACUAUCAAGGGCAGUUAUGUGGAGCCGGUCAAGGGAAGCAAUGGGUUGAGGGCGAGGAUAAGGAUGCAGGAGGGGAUUUGGGAAGAGAGGAGAGGACACAAGGUGGAUGGUGGCGAGAGGAGGAAAGCGGAGGUUAGGGCGAAGAGGAGGGCAGCAGAGAACAAGGAGAAGAAGAGGUAGAUGUUGGAUUGGAUGUAGAAGCUCUAGGUUAGGCGAGGUUGAAGUGUAUAGUACACAUUGUUCGACUAUGGAAGUGUAACAUUCUAGCGAGGCUUCGAUACUUUCGUCCAAAUCCUCGAACCAGUCUACAACAUUCUCGGAUCACUACAGCUUCCUGGCGAUUUCUAGACACCAAUGCCUUAGGUGUAUAUUCCACCUACAAGCUUCCAAGAAGCUGCGGUAUCUGGGUGUGCCCA